AUUUGUAUGGAUAUAAUACUGUAAAAUAAGUUUGUUUUAGAAAUAAAUUAAAUAAAAAUGUGUUCAUUAGUGCCAAGAGUUUUACAAUUAAAUUUAUUACGAAAUCCAAAGUGUUUGACAUAUAAUGUAUUGAAACGUUUGAAUAGCAGUCAAACGACGAGUGGUUUUAACUUUGAGUUGACUUCAGAGCAGAAAUCAUUGCAAGAAUUGGCCCAAAAGUUCGCCAAAGAGGAGAUCAUCCCUCGGGCCGCACAUUACGACCAAACGGGUGACUUUCCCUGGGAUCUCGUCAAACAGGCCCAGGAGGUGGGCCUUCGAAAUUUGGGGGUCCCUUCACAGUACGGGGGCGCAGGACUGCCACUGUUUGAUACCUGUCUUAUAAGUGAGAGUCUGAACUAUGGGUGCACUGGGAUUCAGUCGGCCAUCAACUCGACGGGUUUGGCUCAGGCGCCGGUCAUACUGUUUGGUAAUGAAGACCAGAAAAGACAAUAUUUGGGACGAAUGACGGGUUCGGAAGCCUUAUGUGCGGCCUAUUGUACGACAGAACCGGGCGCUGGCAGUGAUGUCGCAUCCAUUACAUCAAAGGCCGUCCAGAAUAAAGACGGAGAUUAUGUUCUCAAUGGCCAGAAGAUGUGGAUCACUAACGGAGGGGUCGCCAACUGGUACUUCGUGUUGGCGCGCACUAAUCCGGACCCAAAAGCACCCCCGAGUAAGGCUUUCACGGGUUUGAUCGUUGAGGCGAACAGUGCGGGUGUAGUGCCCGGACGUAAGGAAGACAUGUUGGGUCAGAGGGCGUCCGACACGAGAGGAGUGAGCUUUGAGAAUGUGGUCGUCCCUAAGGGUGAGGCAUUGAGCUAUGGGUGCAGUGGGAUCGCCUUAGCCAUUUCGUCCAGUGGUCUGCCACAGGCGCCAGUCAUUCUGUUUGGAAAUGAGGGCCAGAAAAGGGAAUAUUUGGGACGAAUGACCGGUUCGGAGGUGUUGUGUGCGGCCUAUUGUACGACAGAACCGGGCGCUGGCAGUGAUGUGGCGGGUGUUAAGACACACGCCGUCCGGAAUAAAGACGGAGACUAUGUUCUCAACGGCCAGAAGAUGUGGAUCACUAACGGAGGGGUCGCCAACUGGUACUUCGUGUUGGCGCGCACUAACCCCGACCCAAAAGCACCCCCGAGUAAGGCGUUCACGGGUUUCAUCGUUGAGGCCAACAGCGCGGGUGUAGUGCCCGGACGUAAGGAAGACAUGUUGGGUCAGAGGGCGUCCGACACCCGGGGCGUCACCUUUGAGAAUGUGGUCGUCCCUAAGGGUAAUGUGUUGGGCGAAGAGGGUAUGGGUUUCCGUAUAGCUAUGGGUGCGUUCGAUCUGACGAGAGCGCCGGUCGGUUGCGGAGCCGUGGGUUUGGCUCAGCGGGCGUUUGACGAGUCCGUCAAAUGGUCUUUCGAGAGACACACGUUUGGUGUGCCUAUCCGUGAGCACCAGGCCAUCCAAUUCAUGUUAGCGGAUAUGGCCAUCGGUAUCGAGACGUCCCGUAUGGCAGUGCAGAGGGCCUGUUGGGACUACGACACCGGCAGGAGGAACACCUACUGGGCCUCUAUAGCCAAGUGUUGGGCGGGAGAUGUGGCCAAUAAAGCGGCCGCAGAUGCNGACACCGGUAGGAGGAACACCUACUGGGCCUCUAUAGCGAAAUGUUGGGCGGGAGAUGUGGCCAACAAAGCGGCUGCAGAUGCGGUACAGAUCUUCGGCGGCGCCGGUUUUAAUAAGGAGUAUCCGGUGGAGAAACUCUUGAGAGACGCCAAGAUAUACCAGAUCUAUGAGGGAACCGCUCAAAUCCAACGCAUUAUCAUUGCCCGCGAAUUGCUUUCUGAAGCCAAAAAGACUUUAUAA